AUGGUAUAUCCUCUAUUAUUUCCUUUUGGUGACCCUGGUUGGAAACCAGAUUUAAAGGGUGAAGAUACAGGGCGUACAAGGGCAAAUAUCUCACUACUACAGUUUAAAAUAUUUAGAUUAGCAAUUCGUGAAAAUGAAUUCAACCCAAUCCUUUUUGUUGGGAAAUUAUCACAACAAUAUAUUGUUGAUUCCUAUUUACAGGUCGAGGCGAAUAAUUUAAAUUUUAUUAGACAAAAUCAGCCAAAAUUACGAGUAGAUGAAUAUUCUGGAUUAAUGGACUACUUGGAAACAAAGUCAAACAAUAUAAUUCCCUGCAAAGCAGUAAUAUUACCAUCAUUUUUUCAAGGUUCUCAAAGAAAUAUGCGAGAACGCUAUCACGAUGCAAUGGCCAUUGUGCUCAAAUUUGGCAAACCUGAUUUUUUUAUUACUUUUACAUGCAAUCCUAAUUGGCGUGAAAUUAAGGAAAAUCUAUUUCCCGGGCAAAGUCCUACAGAUAGACCAGAUUUAAUAGCCCGUGUUUUUAAAUUGAAAUUAAAUGAAUUAUUGUUCGAUAUAAAUAAAAAAAAUUUAUUUGGUAAAUCUAUGGCUUUUAUAUAUACAAUCGAGUUCCAAAAAAGAGGUUUGCCUCAUGCCCAUAUACUUAUUAUUUUAAACGAUGAUAGCAAAAUUGAAACAUCUCAAGCUAUAGAUAAAUUUGUUUGUGCCGAAAUGCCAGAUAAAAUUCUCGAUCCUAAACUUUUUCAGAUUGUUACCCAUUUUAUGAUACAUGGUCCUUGCGGGAUAUUUAACCCCAAAUCGCCUUGCAUGGAAAAUGGCAUAUGUACCAAAAAAUUUCCGAAGGAUUUUCAAAUGGAAACAAGACCAAAUAUUGAUGGGUAUCCAUAUUAUAAAAGGCGAGAUAAUGGUAUUACAAUUCUUUCCGGUAAACCUACGGAUAAUCGUUAUGUUAUUCCAUAUAAUCGAUAUCUAAUGUUAAAAUUCAAUGCUCAUAUUAACGUGGAAAUUUGUACAUCUAUUAAAUCGGUAAAAUAUAUCUUUAAGUAUAUUUAUAAGGGCUAUGACUGUACUAAUGUCGACAUUAAUGUUGCUUCAAAUAUAAAUAUUCAUGACGAAAUUAAAUCACAUUUAAAUGCGCGAUAUGUGAGUGCAUGUGAAUCAAUGUGGAGAUUAUUAGAAAAUAAUAUGCAUGACCGCUCGCACGCUGUUAUUCGCUUAGGAAUUCAUUUACCUUUACAACAGCCAGUAUAUUUCACUGCUGGACAUGAAAGAGAUGCUUUAUUGAGAUCAGAAAAUAAACAUACUACUUUAACGGCAUGGUUUGAGUUAAAUAAGACAGAUCUAAAUGCUAGACAAUAUCUUUAUGGGGAAAUACCUUAUCAUUAUGUGUUUACAAAUUACCAUUGGAAACUAAGAAAAAAACGAUUAAAUGUAAUUUCGAGAAUGUAUUCCGUUCAUCCUAAUUCUGGUGAACGAUUCUUCCUUCGAUUAUUAUUACUUCAUGUUUGCGGGGCUACAAGUUUUGAUUAUUUAAAAACUAUUAAUGGAAUUUUAAUGAGUACUUUUAAAGAGGCAGCUAUUAAAAGAAAUUUGUUAUCAGAUGAUAAAGAGUGGGAAUCAUGCUUAGAAGAGGGAUCAAUAUAUCAAAUGCCGUCACAACUACGGAGUACUUUUGCCUUUAUCUGCAUUUUUUGUCAGCCUGAAAAUCCUGCAUAUCUAUGGAAUAGGUUCAGAUUUAUGAUGAUUGAAGAUUAUUUGCGUCAAUAUUCAGAAGUAAUUGCAAUAAACAUGGCUUUAAUGGACAUUGAAAACGUUUUUCUUGAUCAUGGUUUAUGCUGUCAAAGUUUUGAUCUUCCUUCACCUACAAAAAUCCCCCCAAAACAACAUUAUGAUGCCCAUGUUGAAGCUGCCGAUUCAAUCGAGCGUAUAUCUAAAUUAAACCAAUUACAAAAAUAUGCUUUUGAUUUAAUUAUACAAGCGAUUGAAUUAGAAAAUAUUCCAGAAAGAUAUUUCUUCGUGGAUGGCCCUGGAGGUUCAGGUAAAACGUAUCUUUACAAUACCUUAAUGUGUUAUAUAAGAGCAAAAAAUCAAAUUGUAUUGCCUUUUGCAACCACCGGCAUAUCCUCUAUUAUUUUAAAGGGGGGAAGAACCAUCCAUAGCGGAUUUAAAUUACCUGUGCCUAUCUUUGAAACUUCUACAUCCCAUAUGAAUUUACAUAGUUCGCUAGCUCUAGAUAUUAAAAAUAGCAAAUUGAUUAUUAUUGAUGAGGCCACAAUGAUGACUAAACACGCUUUGCGAUGCAUUGACCGAUUACUUAAAGACAUUAUGAAAAAUUCCCACCCAUUUGGCGGAAAAGUAAUUUUAUUAGGUGGUGAUUUUAGACAGACUUUACCAGUAGUGCCUUAA